AUGGCGAAUGUCAACAAGCCCGUCCCCGGAGCUGAUCAAUACUAUCCUCUCAAUGAACCUCCCAUUGGCACCGCAUACGACGGAGCACUGCCCCCCCUUUUCAAGCCUUUGACCAUCCGCGAAGUCAAGUUCUCGAAUCGGAUAUGGGUCUCACCCAUGUGUCAGUACAGCUCCGACAAUGGCCACGCUACUGACUGGCACUUGGUACACAUCGGUGGCUUUGCCACUCGUGGCUGGGGAGCUAUUUGCAUGGAGGCAACAUCGGUUGUUCCCGAGGGUAGAAUAUCUCCCCAAGAUGCUGGGCUUUGGACGGAUAGCCAGAUCCCGCCAUUGAAUCGCAUCGUUAACUUUGCACACGCACAGGGCACCAAAAUCGGAGUGCAACUGGCGCACGCAGGAAGGAAGGCAUCUACGUUGGCACCGUGGAUACGUCCCACCAACGGCCCGAAGACUUACGUCGCGCAUUCGGGAGAGGAAGGAGGAUGGCCAGAUGAGGUUUAUGGCCCGUCCGCAAUUUCGUUUGCGGAUACAUUCCCUUCUCCCAAGGAACUAUCCGUGGACGGCCUUAACGCAGUCACCGAGGCGUUCUUGGCUGCCAUAGAACGCUGCAAGACCAUUGGAUUCGACUUCAUUGAAAUUCAUGGUGCCCAUGGCUAUCUUUUGCACGAGUUCUUGUCACCGCUGUCGAACGCGCGCAGCGACGAUUAUGGCGGGCAAACCUAUGAAAACAGGGUCCGAUAUCCGCUGCAGCUGAUUGAAAAAUGUCGGAAGGUGUGGGAUAAGCCUCUGUUCGUGAGGAUCUCCGCGACGGACUGGGCGCAAGGUCCUGAGCAAGAAAACGGCGAGUGGAAGCAAUGGGGCAUCGAGCAAAGCAAACUCUUCACGAAGGAGCUGGAGCGUCUCGGCGUUGAUCUCGUGGACUGCAGCACAGGCGGCAAUUGGGCCAAACAAGAGAUCACAGUUGGACCGGGUUACCAGGUUCCUUACGCGGAAGCGCUGAAAGGGAGCUCACCUACGCUAUCUAUCGGGACAGUCGGCAUGAUCACCACGCCCAAGCAGGCAAACGAGAUUAUCCAGGACGCCAAAGCCGACGUCGUCUUCUUGGCGCGAGAGGCAAUGCGCGAUCCACACUUCCCGAUGCGCGCCGCCGCCGAGCUCGGCGUGGCAAUCAAGCCCGCCAACCAGUAUGAGCGCGCAUGGGUGCCCAUGCUUUUGCCGCGUCAUUGA